AGUAGAUAUUUAUCACAUUGAGUCAGUAAUGUGUUCUAACUGAUGAAAUCUGUUAAGUUGCAUUUGUUACUUCCAUGUGUUGUGUGUCUUAUCGGAGUAGGUUUUCUGGUGUGGUUGAAAAUGACUUGAAGAACACUAAAACCUCAAUCUGUGAUGUCCAAGCCAUCUUGUUGAACCUGUUCAGUGCUGACACUAUACUAAUUGGACAUAGCUUUGAACACAGUUUGUAUGCUCUUAAGUUAAUUCAUACUUCAGUUGUGGACACGACGGUUAUGUUUCCACAUCGGCUAGGCUUGCCUCACAAAAGAUCCCUUAAGAGUCUAGUGGCUGACUACCUACAGAGAAUCAUUCAGGAUGAUGGUCACAAUUCAAGUGAAAAUGCAACUGCCUGCAUGGAGCUUGUCCUCUGGAAGGUAAAAGAUGACCUGAAAGGAAAGAAGUAAUCAU